AUCGGUGGUUCAGCACUCGGCCUGAGGCUGCUGCUCCUGGGGAGCUGCCCUCCUCCCACGCGGUCUGUCGGGGCGGGGUCCGGCCUUGUAGACCUGCUCGCCGGGAUGGCCGUCGAGAGGUGGAGAGCAAUGUUUUACACAUUUUCCCUGUUAGUCCUUUAGCCAUGUCAUUGAAUGGUGCAUCAAUGUUUCACUACUGCUGAGACUUGAAGUCUGUCUAGCUUUUGACUCCCUGGACCACUAUGGCAGCAAGCUACACGCCUCCUUUUGAUGACCCUGGGGAGGUGAGAGAGGGAUUUCUAUGUCCCUUGUGUCUGAAGGAUCUGCAGUCAUUUUAUCAGCUUCAGUCUCAUUAUGAAGAAGAACAUUCAAGUGAAGACAAAGAUGUCAAAGGGCAACUCAGAAAUCUGGUCCAAAAAGCUAAAAAAGCAAAGAAUAAACUUUUGAAACGAGAAGAUGACCGAAGCGACGGGGGUCCUCAGGAGCGAUAUGAAUCUUACAGCUAUGGUGGAGUGGAUCCAUACAUGUGGGAACCCCAGGAGUUAGGUGCUGUGAGGAGCCAUCUCUCUGACUUCAAGAAGCACAGAGCAGCCAGAAUUGAUCACUAUGUUGUGGAAGUCAAUAAAUUAAUAAUCAGGUUAGAGAAGCUUACUUCCUUUGACAGAACCAGUACUGAUUCAGCAAAGAUAAGAGCAAUAGAGAAGUCUGUUGUGCCUUGGGUUAAUGAUCAAGAUGUGCCAUUUUGUCCAGACUGUGGUACCAAGUUCUCCAUUAGGAACCGACGUCACCACUGCCGCCUUUGUGGGUCUAUCAUGUGCAAGAAGUGCAUGGAACUUGUCAGUCUUCCCUUUGCAAGUAAGCUCACCACUGCCAGCAAGGAGGCCUUAGCCUCUCAUACAAGCCCAAACUGCUCACCCAACAGUGUUCACGGCUCUCGCCGGGGCAGCAUUAGUAGCGUGAGCAGUGUGAGCUCGGUUAUGGAUGAGAAGGAUGAUGAUCGAAUCCGGUGCUGUGGGCAUUGCAAAGAUACUCUGCUCAAAAGGGAGCAGCAGAUCGAUGAGAGGGAGUACACCCCAGACAUUGUGAAACUCUAUGAGAAACUCCGGUUGUACAUGGAAAAAGUUGAUCAGAAGGCCCCGGAAUAUAUCAAGAUGGCAGAAUCACUGAAUGCUGGGGAGACAACAUACAGUCUUGAACAUGCCAGUGAUCUGAGGCUGGAGGUGCAAAAAAUGUAUGAAUUAAUCGAUGCUUUAAGCAAGAAAAUUCUAACUCUGGGCUUGAAUGAAGAAUCACAGCCUCACCCCAGAACUUUGCAACUUCAAAGAAUGAUCAGAUAUUCAGCGACACUUUUUGUGCAGGAAAAAUUACUUGGUCUGAUGUCCUUACCAACCAAAGAGCAAUAUGAAGAAUUAAAAGAGAAAAAAAAACAAGAGGCAGAUAGAAAACUACAAAUGGAAAGACAGGUGACGCUUGACUCCUACAGAAAAUCGGAAGAGAGGCACGUGGAUUUUAUUUCCAGAUCUUUGGCAGCGUCCAAUGGGGAGAUUUCCCGGCCGAAAAGAGUUGCAGUGAAGAAAGCGGAAGGCUGGCUACCGACUGCCAGCGUGUCCCGUCAGAAGGAAGGUGUCGACCCGCUCCUUCAGCAGAUUGACAACAUCACGUCCUUCAUUGAGCAAGCAAAAGAAGCGAACCGUCUGGAUGAAGUCCGGAUGUUGCAGGAGAACCUGCGGCAGCUGCAGGAUGAGUACGAUCAACAGCAGACGGAAAAGGCCAUUGAACUCUCUAAAAGGCAAGCCGAGGUGGAGGAGAUGCAGAGAGAACAAUUGCAAAUCCUUUGCGAAAAGGAAUGGGAGAGGGAGCACAGAAAGAAAAUGACUCAGCACUCAAGGACCCGCUCCCUGGACUUCAGAGAAAUGAAGCACAGGAAGUUAGAGGUUGCACCAGGUAGCCUGAACCACAUAGCACAUGCUUUGGAUCUGGAUACUACCGUGAGCCAAAGUAACCCAGGCUGUAAAGCGCCCUCUCCGAGUGGAAGUUACCAGCUGCCAUCUGUUGAGAGCCCAUUCUUCUCUGGCCAACCUUCAGAAGCCCAAGGACAUAACAGAGCAACGGAACAAAAUAAGACGAUUGUACCAAACCCCUUCGGAGAGGAGAUAGAUAAUGGCACUUUAAGGGAGAAACCCAAUAACCCGUUUGCUGAAGAUUCCUCCCCAGUGGCUUCCUUGCCCACCAAAGCCUUGCACAGUGGUUUGAAAGAGUAUAAUCCAUUUGACGAGGACGACGACUGUCAGCAAGCAAAUGGAGUGGCUGUCAGUGUUCUGAACCCCUUCGAAGAGGAUGUCGGAAAUUCACUCCACGUGGCUGUAGGUCAGGACUCUGGGAAUCCUUUUCAGUCAUCAUCUCCCUCCACAAAUCCUUUCGACGUUGAGGAUGAUGACAACCAAGUGUUGAGUGAGGACGUCAUAGAAGAGGAAUUACUUCUCCAACAGAUAGAUAACAUCAAAGCUUAUAUUUUUGAUGCCAAGCACAGUGGGCGGAUGGAUGAGGUAGAAGUGCUGACUGAGAAUUUGAAAGAACUGAAGCGCACAUUAGCAAAACAGAAGGAGAAAUUCAGCUGCUGAAUCAGUGGCUGCAUCUAAUCACACACCUGGACUGUCCCUGAUUUAUCCCAGGGGCCAGGCAAGUGAGUAGCAGGUGCAAGAGGGAAUUUUGGGGGGUGGCAUCUAAUCUUCUGCACUUUGGUGUUGGGCAUUUUCACUAUAUCAUCCAGACUUUGCAAACAUUGUCCACACUACUUAUAGCGCUGCGGCAACCUAAGACCUGUUUUACAUUUUAAAAUCUAUUUUAAAUUUCUCACAACCAGUUUGUAUCACAAGCAGACUUUGUAAGAGCAUGGUUAUAUGCUCCUUAGCGUCUCUUUUAUUUGUGAUGGUGAAUGGAAGAGGGCUAGGAGGGAAAUGGAUACUUUCGAACACUUUAAGUGAGAAGGAAGCAGCCUGCCAUUUUUCCCUUGGAGUGUGGCUGCUGUGGCAGUUUUACAGGCUGGCCUUCUGAGCCAGUUUUGUUAUUAGCCAAGGGACCAGAUUAUCUUGUAAAUUCUGUCAAGCACGUCUGACAGAUCUAGAAGGUAUCUUUUUAGCAGAUGUGUUCAACUGCCGGAUGUGCAAAACACCAGUGUUACAAAGCAGGUUCCUGAGAUCCAGCGACCUGUUGAAUUAAAAGGCCAAUGAUCUGACUGUGCAAUACAAAAAUAAUAUAAGGGGAUUUUAAACUAGAUAUGGGUAUUUGUGAUGUAAUAGAUGUAGUACCUUUGUUUUAGGAAUUUAUCCUUGAACCUUGUCUUGGAAUGACGAACUAUUUCUUCCUCCACUAUCUGACUGUUUCAGCUCUCUUCAACAUUACAAGCAAAAACUGGUUUUAUUAUAACGGCUUUUUCCGGGAAUAUAUCAUGUGGAUGCUAAGUUUUGUUUUUUUUAAUUGUCACCUCCUGGAACUACAGAGGAUUUCUGGAGGGGAAAAUGGUAGAAGUGCCACGACAGUCGGACUGAUUUUUGCUUGCCUCAGGGCCUUGAAUUUGGUGGUCUGUGGCGGUCACUGUAGGGGAAGCUGUAGAGGUCCUCUACUAACAGCCAAUCUGAAUGGGGACCAAGUGCGGACUAUAGUUGAUCUAGUCAUGAAUGAUAGCGUAAAAAGU